AAAAGGAAUGAUGAAAAAAACAAGCUGAACGUCAAAACAUAAACAGAGCAAACACGCGUCGUCUUUAAUUUGACUGUCUCUUUAUACACACAUUCCUCAUGUCGUGUGUUUUUCCUAGAUUUUGUACCCAAUAUGCUAUAGCUAGCUAAGUAAUAGCUUGAAGACAAUACAUUACACCGAAGAUUAGGACUAAACGACGUGCGCCUCGUUGGGCCUACGACUAGAGGCUCUCCUCCUGUCCACAGGAAGAAAGAAACAGGAUGGCAGAGGCAGAUGGUAAAUCCAGUGUGCUUAACGAUGGGUCUGAGGAGCCAGAUCCAGGAGAAGACCAGCGAAGGGAGGGAGAUUCUUCCGCAGCCACAGAGGGACACUCUGGCUCUCAAGCAGCUCCCAGAGAGGCAGGAGACGAGGCUAAGAACAAGCCAAUGCCAGAUGCUAAGGUUGCAAGGGUGCCUGGAGAGGAGGAGGAGGACACAGACAGCAUGGACGGCAGUGGCCUCUACUCGCUGACCGAGGAAGGGGAGCGAGAGAGUGAGGGAGGUAGAAGAGAGAGAGUGAAUGAGAGGGAUGCAGGAAAGCGGGCCGCCAGAAAGAGGAACCGCCCGAGUGGUGGCACCGCCCACCACUCCUCCAGCUCUGACGAGGAUGACGAUGAUGAGGAAGAGGAGGAAGAUCAAGAGGAGGAAGAGGACGAGCAGGCCAUGGACUCGUGGUUGGGGGCGGAGCUGCGUGACCUCAGCAGGCCGUCAUGGCGGGCGGUGCCCUCCCUGAAAUCAAGGGAGAUUGGCCGGGGCUCGCACCAGUUUGUGAGGCGUGUGUGUGGUGCACGAGGCUUGGUCCAGAGGCUGGAGCUCCAGGGGCGCCUGGAGAGACACACUGGCUGUGUGAACACCCUGCACUUCAACCCCUCAGGCACACGCCUGGCCUCCGGCAGUGAUGACCUGCGGGUGGUAGUGUGGGACUGGGCACGUCGCCGUGCUGAGCUCGAGUUUGACAGCGGGCAUAAGAGCAACGUCUUUCAGGCAAAGUUCCUGCCACACAGUGGAGACUCCACCCUGGCCAUGUGUGCCCGGGACGGUCAGAUCAGAGUGGCUGAGCUCUCUGCCACUCAGCGCUGCAAGAACACCAAGAGAGUGGCUCAGCAUAAAGGGGCAGCACACAAGCUGGCCCUGGAGCCAGACUCUCCCUGCUCCUUCCUGUCGGCUGGGGAGGACGCCAUAGUGUUUGCCAUCGACCUGCGCCUCGACCGGCCUGCCAAUAAACUGGUGGUGGUGAAGGAGGGGGAUAAGAAAGUGGGGUUGUACACCAUAUUUGUGAACCCUGUCAACACACACCACUUUGCUGUGGGUGGGAGAGAUCAGUAUGUUAGGAUAUAUGACCAGAGGAAGAUUAAUGAGAAUGAAAAUAAUGGCGUACUGAAGAAGUUCUGUCCAUCUCACCUGGUAUCCAGCGAGUCCAAAACGAACAUUACCUGCUUAGUGUACAGUCAUGAUGGCACAGAGCUCCUGACUAGUUACAACGAUGAGGAUAUCUACUUGUUUGACUCCAGCCACAGUGACGGUGCAGACUACCGCAGGAGAUACAAGGGCCAUCGCAACAACGCUACAGUGAAAGGGGUGAACUUCUAUGGCCCUAGCAGUGAGUUUGUAAUCAGUGGCAGUGACUGUGGACACAUCUACCUGUGGGACAAGGUCUCCGCUCGCAUUGUCCAGUUCAUGGAGGGAGACCGAGGAGGAGUGGUCAACUGCCUGGAGCCCCACCCUCACCUCCCAGGUCUGGCCACCAGUGGUCUGGAUCAUGACGUUAAACUGUGGUCCCCCACUGCCGAGAAUCUCACAGGGCUCAAGGGCCUCAAAGACGUGAUGAAGAAGAACAAGCGUGAGCGUGAUGAGGACAGUGUUCGCCAUGGAGACCAGUACGACACACAGCUCCUGUGGUUCCUCAUGAGGCACAUGAGAAACAGACGGCCCCAGAGGACACGUCGCGAGGGUGCAGAGGGAGACACUGAUGAAUCGUGGAGCUCUCCAGAUUCCUCUGAUGAAGAGGACGGAGGGCCAGACCACGUCCAGUGCAUGUCCUCUUGAGCCAAAGAGACAUGUGAGAGUACACACACACACACACUCUUUAUUGCCCUAGAAUUUAUCCACAUAGGCAGGCACUAUUGACACACAUGAACACUGAGAGACCAUAAGUAACAGUAAAGGUAUUCACAUAUACACACACAGCAUACACACACAGGCAGACAUAAGUACAUACACACAGCUAAGGGGUAGGGAGGGUGACUCGUAUAAACCAAGACACAAAAUCGAAUUUCUUAUCCGACAGGGACUGAAUUGUAGACAUUUUUGUUCAUGCAGUCUGCUGAUGCAAAUAGUCUCAACCCUGAUUUUGUUCUGAUCUGUAAUAGAGGGAGGCUGAUGAAUGCUCACAUCCCUAGACAACCACGUGGACUCAUACACCCAUACAUGUGCUCUGCCAAGCCCCUAAGAACUUACCCACUUCAACAACACACACAUUUUACAAUCUGCUGAACAUCAGAGCACACAUUUACCCCACUCUCCUUAACAACCCCUCACCCUCGUACUUUUCUGUUGGUGAUGGCAGAAAUGGAGGGAUGGGAAAUACACCUUCUAACCUCUGAUCAUCCCCCAAAUGUGAUUCACUCCAUAGAUUUGAAACCCGAGCCCUUUACACUUUCUACACCCUCUUCUUCUCGAAGUUAGUUUCAGAACAUCAGCACGUGGCCAAUCAGUUUAGCCUCCAGAUGGCUUAUACCAGGUGACUUCUUCCCUUCCACUCUGCUGUGUUGCUUUUCGUAUCCCUCAGCCCAACCCCCACCACGCUACUGAGUGCACUUUAAUCAGGAAUAUAUGGUGUGAGUUUCUUAGACAAAGUGUUCGUUUGGCGGCCAACCAUGCGAUGUUAUGAAACAUUGGCUACAUUGGCCCCCGGAACAACCUCAGUGACGUCAAGGUGUACUUUCUUUCUCUGAGAGUACAUUUGACUCUAGUUGUUUAGUUUGGAAUUUGCACUUGGCGGGAAUGUCUGAAACAGCUCCGGCUGGAGCAAAGAGAAAGAAAGAUUCCUCCCCCAUCCUUCUCCUUUACACUCCUCCUGGACGAGCACCCUGACCUCAGCUCCUCUCUUCCGUUGAGAGUACAUUUCGCUGAGACGGUGAGCUGGAGGGCUACUGAGGACUACCUGGAUGGUCUCAUUGCAAAAUGCAUACAGUAUAUACAUCCAAAAGGUUUCUCACUUUUCUGUUUAAGGAACCCUGAUGAUGAGGCCCUAAGCCUCGGGUCCUGCUACCUACAUCCACGGCUCAUGCCAGCCGUCAGCCUCUGCCAGAGAUCAGACUCCAUAAAGAAGGAACGAGGUUUGAUCAGGCUCUGGAGAUCAGAUGUAGAGACUGCUGUUUGGCACUCUUUUUGACCUGUGUGGGCUUUCAGAAGCCAUUAUUCUCUAUAUCUGGGCCCAUCUGCCCAUUCAGGCCUCUGGGUCUGUUAUAGCAUUCAGGCCAGGGGGACAGAAGAAGGGAGGAUAGAUCUGCUUGCCAUUUUUUUUUUUUUCUGGAAGCGAUAAAGUCCAGCUUUUUUCUCAUUUUGUAUGAGAAUUAUAAAAGUUGGAUCAAUUGAUAUGUACAUAUAUUAAAACUGUAAAGAAAUCAUCUUUAGCUAAUUAUGUUUGACUUAAGAAAUAAUUUGUCAAAAUAUUUGAUUGGUAUCGAUGCAGAGGUUUAUAUUAUAUAUGAGGACAAAGUACUUUUAAAAUGAAGAGACAAAGAUGACGUAAUUUGUUUUUUCUUUUUUUGUAAAUUAUCUCUCCAAUUGUUACAUUAGCCUAAAUCGGCAGGAUUCAGUUGAACAGUGAAUUGAGUUUGGUUCCUUUUCAUUUUCAAUUUUCUCCCUUCAAGAUCUUGACCUAUUUUUCUUUGUUCUUGUAUGCAUCUUUUAGGCUUUUGAUCAAUGAGUUAUUCCACUGCUGCCUAAUAUUGUGUUCUACUGGUGCAGUUGGAAACAUGUACGAUUUGUGCAAUAAACAGAAGACCGUG